UUUAUCUGGUCCUGGUCCUACUCUGGUGCCCCCCUGGGGCCCCGCUCCGGGCACCCGACACGGGGGCUUGUCACGCGGUUUCUUGAGCAGGAAAACCAGAUUGUCAUCGUCGCGGUCCGAGACCCCACGCACGCGACCUCAAGGUCGCUCGCAGACUUGCACAAAGGCAACGGCAGCGGCCUCAUCGUAGUCAAGUACGACGCUGCGGUCGAGCAGGACGCCUUCAACCUGGCAAAGGAGCUCCAGGAGAAGCAAAAGGUCGACCACCUCGACAUCGUCAUUGCAAACGCCGCCAUUGCCACUUCUUUCCGUUCGGUGAAGGACGUCAAGCGUGAGGAGAUCCAGGAGCAUAUCAACGUCAACACGUACAGCGCUGUAUCACUGUACCAAGCUACACGUGACCUGUUGCAGAAGUCGACUAACAAGCCCAUGCUUGUUCUUGUUGGCUCUCUUGCUGGCUCUCUCGAAAGCCAACCUUCGGUUCCGAAUGCAUCUUACGGAGCAUCCAAGUGCUUACUGAACUGGUACGGCGUCAGAAUCAACGACGAGGACAAGUGGCUCAAUACCUUUGUAUUGGGACCUGGGUUCACCCAGACGGACAUGGGCAACGAAGGUGCUCGCGAGUUCGGCAUGCAGGAGGCCCCCGUCAGCGUUGAAGACUGCGUAAAUGGCAUGUACCAGGUAAUUACCACGGUCACCAAGGAGAAGCACGGUGGAAGGAUGGUACAGUACACUGGCGAGAUUCAGCCUUGGUAA